GAAACCUGGGACAAAAAAGGAGCUGGACACAUCGCAAUUGAUCAAGAGGUCUUCUGACCUGGAGAUGAGCAUCAGCAAACUGCUCACUGUACUUCAAACUAUUGAGAAGAAACAAGAUGCCAUGCAGAAAAUGCUUGAAGAUGAUGGAAAAAGGCAAAAAAAAAAUGGAGUGGACCAACAGCAGCCAGAGGUCCAGAAGCAGACUGAGCAGAAAGAACCACCUAAAGCAAAGAUCCGAGAGCACAAAGAGGUGGCCAAAGCCGAAACAUUUAAGAAACUGUACCCGGACUCUCCACUGUUCAGUGGACAGUGGGGACACAAUCUGUCUGAGGUUGACCAAAAAGAGGCGCUGGCUCUGUUUAACAUGUAUGGAUACAACGUUUUUCUCAGCGAUCGACUUCCUCUAGAUAGACCUCUUCCAGAAACCAGGGAACCAGGAUGUUUGAAAAGGACUUAUCCGAAAGACCUGCCAAGUCUCGCAGUGGUGUUAAUCUACCUGGAUGAGGCUCUGUCUGUCAUCAAAAGGGCCCUUUGCAGCAUCAUCAACCGCACUCCUAAAAACAUACUAAAGGAGAUAAUAAUGGUGGAUGACAACAGCUCCAAAGAAAAUCUGAAGGGCGACCUGGACAUGUAUGUGAAGUCCCUUGAGCAAGAGAACCCAACUCUUAAUAUCACGAGAGUGCGGCACAACAAGCAGCGAGGGCUUGCUUCUGCCAGAGUCUCUGGGUUGAGAGCUGCGACUGCUGAGGUGGUUGCCAUUCUCGAUGCACACAUUGAAGUCCAUGAGAUGUGGGCUGAACCCCUGCUGACACAAAUCAAAGCUGACCGAACAGUGGUGGUGUCGCCAGUGUUUGACAAAGUCAACUAUGAUGAGCUCAGGGUUAUUAAGUACAUUCCAUCAGCACACGCCUUUGACUGGGCUUUGUGGUGCAUGUAUGAGAGCUUCACGCCUGAAUAUUACAAGCUCAAAGACGGCUCACUACCUGGGAAAAGUCCAUCUGUCAUGGGGAUCCUAGCUGCUGACAGGAUGUUUCUUGAGGAAAUUGGUGCCCUGGAUGAAGGCAUGAAGGUGUAUGGUGGAGAAAAUGUUGAGCUGGGAAUACGUGUGUGGACAUGCGGAGGCAGUGUUGAAGUAGUUCCAUGCUCCAAGAUCGCCCACAUUGAGAGGAGGCACAAGCCUUACCAGUUAGACUUAAGUUCUGUCUUGAGGAGAAACGCCCUGAGGGUAGCAGAAAUAUGGAUGGAUGAAUACAAACACAACAUCAACCUGGCUUGGAACGUGCCAUUUGAGAAUCAUGGAAUUGACAUUGGGGAUGUGUCCGAGAGGAAAAAACUCAGAGAAAGGUUGAAGUGUAAACCUUUCAAAUGGUACCUGGAAAACGUGUAUCCCAAGUUGGAUCCCUGGGACAACAUACUUGGCUAUGGAGGAAUGAAGAACCUUGAUGCUGGCAUGUGCAUAGACCAAGGCCCAGUGCCAGGUCACACACCAAUUGCCUACAACUGCUACUACUAUAGUCCACAAGUCACAUAUUACCGCGGGACUGGUGAGCUCUACAUUGGUGGCAUCAAAGCCCACAAGUACAAUGACAACAGGUGUUUAACUGAUCCUGGCAAAAAUGAAACAAAUCCUGGUCUUUACAACUGCAAAGAGGCCGUGCAGAAAGGAAUGGGAAUAUACUGGGACUUUACUCAGGGCAAAGAACUGAGGAAUAGAAGGACAGAAAGAUGUCUGGAGAUUAAAGACCGCAAGCUUCUGAUACAGGAAUGCUCUGGCCAAAGAUGGACAAUCCAACACAUAAUCAAAGCUUUUUGAAUUGGAAAAAAAAAAAGUACUUCUCUGCUCUUAGGUGAUGGGCAAAAACUGAAAGUCUGAAAUGAAAUGUAUUAUGGCAAUUUAAAUUGCCUCUUGUUUUGUGUGGGAAAAGUAAGUAAAAAUAUAUUUUCUGGCUUUGUCUCUCCACAGGAAAAUGUGUUACUAACCACCUUGUUAAAUUUAUAAAUGAUUAAAAAUGUAGGUUUCAAAUUGUGACAAAUUCAGCUGAUCCUAUAACCUGGAGUAAUAAUACAUACAUGCCUAAAUUUUCGUCAUUCUCAUAUGAGGGGGUUUUAGCUGGGACAGAAGCAAAGCUUCUGAAUAUUCUUUCAUAUACAGUAUUUCAGACUGUACAUCACUAUGUACCAAACUAAUUUCCAUGUACCACUUGCUUCUGUAGAUACAUCAGUCAUUGUUUUUGAGGGGUUACAGUGUGUCCCUGUACUGUAUUAGCUUUCCAUA